AUGUCCGCCACUCGGUUUGUCAUCGGCAUCGUUGUUAACAUUGUUGGUGCUAUUACCACAAAUUUCGGAACUGUUCUUAUGAAGUAUCAUACGGCAGUAAAGCAUGGCAAGGGGCAUUCCCUCAUAAUAGGGUUAGUACUAUUCUGUGUGGGAUCCAUUUUAACAUUCGGGUCCUUCGCAUUCGCCCCCCAGUCACUACUUAGCGGUAUAUCGGCAAUCCAGUUCGUGUCGAAUCUCUUCUUCGUUCACUACUUCCUCAAAGAGCCCUUCACCAUCUUCAACGUAUGUGGCACUGUGGUCAUCAUAGGCGCAAUAGUAAUGUUGGUGGUAUCGUCCAACAAGUCUGAGGCUAUCAACAGUGUCGACCUCAUGUUCCAACAAUUCUACUUCUCAGCGACACAUGGCUACUUCGUGCUAGGCCUGAUAGUCCUCAUCAUGGUCAUCGGUUUCGCCUUCUGGAUGCGUACAGGUGCCCCCAUUCUGUGGUUCAGUCGGUCUAAGUGGCCCAAGAGGAUACAAUGGGAGCUAUCCUUGCCGAGAUCCCACAAUAGGGUAACCCGAUUCCUAGUCCCCACUGGGUACACCUUUUGUGUAGCCGCAGUAGGGGCCCAAUCUGUAGUAUCGGGAAAAGUGUUGUCACUCAUUGUCACCCAGGCUUUCGGUGGCCAUGUAUCGCAGUUGUAUCAGGGUAGGACUUUCCUAGUACUUUUUGCAUGGCUAUUCGCCGCCAUAUUCUGGGUAAUCCAUCUCAAUCGAGCCCUGAGGAUAUUCCCAGGAGCAUUCCUUGUACCACUAACACAGGUUUGUUGGACACUCUCAACAAUGCUAUCUGGUGGUAUCGUAUUCAAGGAGUUUGUAGCGAUGCAAUCGUGGCAAUUGGGGGUGUUCUUCGGUGGUACUGGAGUAUUAUUCUUUGGGGUAUUCCUCCUCAGUCCAAGGACCACUGAUGAUGAUCAAGAGAUGGCUAGGCGACGGAGCUCUAUUGCUAGCAGUCAGAAUGUGGUCGCCCGUAGUGAUGAUGAUGCAGCAGGAUUGAGUGCGAUGAGCGUUGCUGACACUCCCGUGAGCCUCAACAGUAUCAGCCUCCCGCAGUAUGGAGAUGGUGGUACUAUUACUAGUGGUCUGUCGGGUAUACUACCACCGAGAGGCAGUAGGAGCAUUUCGAUGCGGUCCAAUUCCUUAUCGGAGGGAGGCCCAGCUAUGGUACCGUACAGUAACGAGAUGCCGGCGCCACCGCCUCUCUCAUGGGACGGCUCGAGGAGCCCUGGUGGGACUCGUCUCACGAGGCAACGCACUCUGACUAGGAUCAUGUCGGCUAUGACUGUUGAUGCCGCAGCGGAGAUCCGUCGAGAGGAAGGAGCUGAUCUUGGGGGGUUCGUGUUGGAGCCGAGAGAGACGCAUCAUUAUCCUCUUCACACUGCUGAGUCUAUUCAGUCGGUUGAGGGAGCUGAAAUCAAUAGAGAGGAUUCGGCAGGAGCAGCAGAGUCUGCUGAUGGGGCUGAGUUGGAUAGAAGACGUUCGUUCAGACUGCGGUCGAUAUCCGCCUUAUUUGAGAUUGAGUAA